AUGUCCAGUCAAAAUAAUCUUGAAGUUCAUCAAAUUGCUACUCAAAAAGAUUUAGAUGAAUAUAUGAAUUCAUCAUCUAUUAUUAAUAAAUUAUUACUUGUUCAUGUUGAAUUAGAAGAAAUACCUGUUUGUAAAACAGUCAAUGAAGCUUUAUUAGCUAUAAGUCGUAAUGAAGAAUUUCAUCAACAAUUGGCUAUAUGUCGUUUAAAUGCUGAUCAUUUUUCUGAUUUUCUUACAUUACAAAAUGUUAAUGCAGCACCAACAGUACUUUUCUAUUAUCAUACAAAAUUAAUUGAUCGUGUUGAUGGUUUUAAUCAAAGUGAUUUAUUAAAAAAAAUUCAAUAUCAUAUUAAUAAAAUUGGUCUUACACCAAUAACAACUGAAAUAAAAUCUAAUACUGAUAUAAAUGUUGAAAAUAGAAUAAAAAAUUUAUUAAAAUCAUCACAAGUUAUUUUAUUUAUGAAAGGUACACCAACUGAUCCACAAUGUGGUUUUAGUCGACAAGCAUGUCAUAUACUUGAUGAAUAUAAAAUAAAAUAUAAUUAUUUUGAUGUACUUUCUGAUCAAAAUUUACGUGAACAAUUAAAAAUAUAUUCAAAUUGGAAUACAUAUCCACAAUUAUAUAUUAAUGGUGAAUUAAUUGGUGGUUUAGAUAUAAUGAAACAAAUGAUUGAAAAUGGUGAAUUUCAAUCAAAAUUUCAACAACAAUUAAAAACAAAUGGAAAAGAUCAAAAUAUGAAAAAAUAUUUAGAAAAUUUAAUAAAUCAAGCACCAUUAAUGCUUUUUAUUAAAGGUACAUCUGAAACACCAAAAUGUGGAUUUACAAAAGAAUUAAUUAAUCUAUUAAAUCAAGCUAAUAUUAAAAAUUAUAAAACAUUUGAUAUAUUACAAGAUGAAAAUGUUCGACAAAAACUUAAAGAAUAUUCAUCAUGGCAAACAUAUCCACAAAUAUAUGUUAAUGGACAAUUUAUUGGUGGAUUAGAUAUUCUUAAACAAAUGAAUGAAGAAGGAACAUUAGUGCAAACAUUAACUGGAAAUCAAGGAGUAGCUGUUUGA